AUGUCCACACACGGGCAGCUUGGAGGGGUCCUGGGUUUCUCCUCCUCUCCUGUCCCACCCGGGCGCUGUCCCACAGGGCUGCCCAAGGCCGCGGUGAUCACGGAGCUGAAGCUGAUGAUGGUGGCCAGCCUGGGCCGGAUCUGCGGCCUGCGGCCCGACGACGUCGUCUACACCACGCUGCCGCUCUACCACUCGGCCGGGCUGCUGGUGGGGCUGGGCGGCUGCCUGGACGUCGGAGCCACCUGCGUCCUCCGCUCCAAGUUCUCCGCCUCCCAAUUCUGGCCCGACUGCCGCCGCUACAACGUCUCCGUCAUCCAGUACGUGGGCGAGCUGAUGCGCUACCUGUGCAACGCCCCCGAGCGCGCCGAGGAGCGGGCGCACGGCGUGCGGCUGGCGCUGGGCAACGGCCUGCGGGCCGACGUGUGGCGGCACUUCCAGCGGCGCUUCGGGCCCGUGGCCGUGCGCGAGUUCUACGGCGCCACCGAGGGCAACGCCGGCUUCGUCAACUACAGCGGCCGCGUGGGCGCCGUGGGCCGCGCCAACGCCUUCCUCAGGUUCUUCGCGCCGUUCGAGCUGAUCCGCUACGACGUGGAGCGCGAGGCGCCGGCGCGCGACGAGCGCGGCCUCUGCAUCCCCACCCGGCCCGGUGAGACGGGGCUGCUGGUGGUGAAGAUCACCAAGAACACGCCGUUCCACGGCUACGCCGGCGACUCGCAGAAGACCCAGAAGAAGAUCCUCAGGGACGUCCUGGCCAAAGGCGACGCCUUCUUCAACAGCGGCGACCUCCUCAUGAUGGACGCCGAGAAGUUCAUCUACUUCCAGGACCGCGUCGGGGAUACCUUCCGCUGGAAAGGGGAGAACGUGGCCACCACGGAGGUGGAGGCCGCGCUGGGCUUGGUGAGCUUCAUCCAGGAGGUCAACGUCUACGGCGUGGCCGUGCCGGGGUGCGAGGGCCGCUGCGGCAUGGCCGCCGUGCGCCUCAAGGACGGCGCCACCUUCGAUGGUGACAAGCUCUACACCUUCACGGAGGAGACGCUGCCCGCCUACGCCGCGCCCCGCUUCGUCCGCAUCCAGGCCGCUCUGGAGACCACCGGCACCUUCAAGCAGUGCAAGACCAACCUGGUCAAGGAGGGCUUCGACCCCGGCCUGGUCAGGGACCGGCUCUUCUUCCGCGACGCCGCGCGCCGCUCCUACGUGCCGCUGAGCGCCGCCGCCUUCGCCGCCAUCCGCGACGGGCGCCUCGCCCUCUAAUUAGCAGAGCCUAAUUAGGGCUAAUUAAUAAGCGGCUGCUCGGCUGGGCGGCGGCGCCGCCACCCCGCUGGAGAUUAAACUUUGAAUUCCCGA